CAAACAUGGCGGAAUCAACCAAAAAAGACCUCAUCGUACGGUCAAAAAGACCGAAUUCUGCAGGACACCUUUGCUGUGUUGAUGACUGUAACAGCAGGGCUGGAGUGGACAGGAGUCUCGGUGUCCAGAGAAGUUAUUUCAGGUUGCCGGCCGAUCCGUUGCUGCGGACGAAGUGGCUGAAAGCCAUCCCCCGGCGGCGGUCCAAUCAUGAUCGGGUGGCCAGCGCUUGGGAUCGAGUUUGUUCCGAUCAUUUCCCGGACGGAAAGCGCACCUACACCCCGGGGACAUCAGGCUACAUCCCCUCCCUGUUUCCAUCCAAACCAUCACCAAAUGCCAGAACAACCAAGUCAUCAGCUAAAGCAGGUUCCAUACCCCCUCUUGACUUCCACAGUACACCGAGAAAGAGACUUAAUACCAGUACAUGUAGUAUGCCUAAGGUAAAGUCAGAUGAAGAAGACAACUCAAAAUCAGUGUGGAAUACAACUGAUCAUGACUACAUUCACACGAGAGUUGAUGAAACAGUGUACCCCUUAGAUUACAUUGAGUUGCAACAAAACAUUAUAAGGCUGGAAGAGGAAAACGCCAUACUGAAAAGAAGAGUUCUGAGUUUGGACAAUAUAAGGGACAAAGAUGAAGACUUCAGGUUUUGGACUAAUAUGCCCAAUUAUGCUGUCUUCAUUAGUUUAUCAGACUACUUGGAAAAAAGGUCAAGUGGACAGUUGAAAUACUGGAAUGGUUCAAGAACCGAACAGUAUAAACAUUUUAGUGAAACAAAAAGUUCAAAACCUGGAAAAGAAAGGAAGCUUUCAUUCAAGGAAGAGUUUUUCCUUGUUCUUGUUAAACUGAAAACUGGGAAAUUAAACAAGGAUAUGGCUUUAACAUUUGGUGUAAGUGAGUCAUACAUAUCAAAGAGCAUGUCCACAUGGGUAAAUUUUCUUGCUCAAGAAUUGAAAACAUUGUUUGAGAUGAAAUCUGAUGCUGAUGUUGAAAAUAUGCCCGAGUGUUUCAGAAACAUAUCUUCUUUGAGGAUUGUUUUAGACUGCACAGAACUCAUCUUGGAGAGGUCAAGUACUUUACAGGCAAGGAAGGAAACAUACAGCAAUUACAAGGCAAGAGACACUGUCAAAUUUCUUGUUGGUCUCUCUCCAAAUCUAACAAUCAACUAUGUUUCUGAAGCCCAUGGUGGUAGAGCUACUGACAAUCACAUCACCAUGUCCAGUCAGGAACUUUUAGAUGGUUUACAGCCUGGUAGCAAAGUAAUGGCAGAUAGAGGAUUUACUCUCAACAAGGAAUUGAAUGAUUUAGGUGUUGAACUAAUCAUUCCAAACUUUAAAGGCCGUAGUAGGUCACAGAUGUCCCAAGCUGAGUGUAUAGGGUCUGCCAAGAUUGCAGAAGUUCGAAUCCAUGUUGAGCGCAUUAUACAAAGGAUUCGCACUUACCACAUUUGGGAUUCGACUGUUAAACUUUCCAUGAAGGAUGUUAUAAAUCAGUAUUUCAUUGUAUGUGCAUACCUAAGUAACUUCCAACUGCCAAUCAUUCAUAAGUUGUGAUCAUUUAAAAGGCCUACACAGGCAUGACAUGGACAACCUGAAGAAAUCGUGCCUUUUCAUAAUGCCUCCUGGACUGUAGGCAUAUUGCAGGCCAUCUGACAAAAUGUAUGACCUCGCCUUUGUCCCUUACACUACAUGUCUUUGCAUCUGUCUGGUUCUGUAUUAAUUCCUGGACUGCAAUACUAUUGCUGUACUAGUGUCGAUAUGAUCUC